UCCUGAUAGUGAUCAAAGGGAAAAGGCACUGAUUAUUUAAAGGAAUAUUUGAGGAGCUUUUUCGAUAAAAUUGCUUGUUUGCUCAGAAAUAAAAUGCAUGAAAAGAAAGAAUGUUAAAAAGUUCUUUUGUUUGGAUAUUUGGCAACGCGCAUCAGCGGUCCUUUUCCGUCUAAAACUUGUAGGCGAAACACAUUACCAUGGCACCGAAGAAGGGCAAGGUUAAGGAGGUUCAGGAGCAGGUGUCGCUCGGCCCGCAGGUGCGCGAGGGCGAGAAUGUGUUCGGCGUGGCACACAUCUACGCCUCGUUCAACGACACCUUUGUGCACGUGACUGAUCUGUCCGGACGGGAGACGAUCGUCCGUGUCACUGGUGGAAUGAAGGUGAAGGCCGACCGUGACGAGAGCUCACCCUACGCCGCUAUGUUGGCCGCCCAGGAUGUCGCCGAGAAGUGCAAAACCCUGGGCAUCACCGCGCUUCACAUCAAGCUCCGCGCCGUGGGCGGCACCCGCACCAAGACGCCCGGCCCCGGCGCCCAGUCGGCGCUGCGCGCGCUGGCCCGAUCCGGAAUGAAGGUCGGACGCAUCGAGGACGUCACGCCGAUCCCGACCGACAGCACCCGGAGGAAGGGAGGCCGACGCGGUCGGCGUCUGUAGAACACCACCACCCCCUCCACUGCGGGAGACGGAGACUUACAGCAUCGCCCCGCUCCUGUGGAUGCUGCUGCUGACCACCUGCUGCUGCUGCUGCUGCCGUCUGACGUACUCUGUGGUGAUGUAGAAAUGGAAACAUCGGCAAGGAGAUGUGGUCAAUACACAGAACGUCAGGCGGUGGAAA